GCAAUAUGCAAUGCAAGAAUUUUAACCUCAAUCAUAAAUCAUAACAGAUAAUACUAAAAACAAAUUUUUAUCAACAAUUGAGUAAUGAAAAGUUUACUUCAACGAAACAUCCAACGCUAACGCGCCCAUAAAAAAUGGCUUCGGUAAUUAAACAACGGCAGGCUCUGGGAGAACAAGUGAGUUUGUUCAGUCAAGUGAAGCUAGAGCAUUUAGUUGCAGGCAUAUCGGGCGGAGUGUCUUCUACGCUUAUUCUACAUCCUCUGGACAUUAUUAAAAUAAGGUUCGCGGUAAACGAUGGAAGGAUGCACGCCGCUCCCAGAUACAACGGCAUAGCCAACGCGUUUUUAACGAUAUACAGACAAGAGGGUUUCCGAGGGUUGUAUCAAGGUGUAACUCCGAACGUUUGGGGCGCAGGAGCCUCUUGGGGUUUGUACUUUAUGUUUUAUGGUUCGUUGAAGAAUUGGGUGAAAAAAGGCGAUGCCAGUGCCAAUUUAAGCGCAGGAACGCACCUUGCCUUGGCUUCUGCGGCAGGCUUUACGACUUUGUUAAUCACUAAUCCACUAUGGGUAGUUAAAACAAGGUUAUGUCUUCAGUAUGGAGGAAUAAAGAAAUAUAAUGGAAUGAUCGAUUGUUUGGUAAAAAUUUACCAAGCCGAUGGAUUUAGAGGCUAUUACAAAGGACUUGUGCCCGGUAUCUUUGGAGUUUCUCACGGUGCAGUACAGUUUAUGGUAUACGAAGAAAUGAAGAAAGCCCAUUCAAAGUACUAUUCGCAGCCCAUUACAGCUAAACUGAGCACCAUUGAAUAUUUAACGUUCGCAGCUAUUUCGAAACUAAUAGCAGCUGCUACAACAUAUCCUUAUCAAGUCAUAAGGGCUCGAUUGCAAAAUCAGCAUUAUUCUUAUACGGGUCUGGGUGAAUGUGUUAAAUUAACGUGGACUCACGAAGGAUGGAGGGGCUUUUAUAAAGGAUUAGGUACCAAUUUAGUAAGGGUUGUGCCCGCAACAGCCAUCACGUUUGUUACUUACGAGAACGUGUCCCAUUGGCUUCUUAAACAUAGCGAAAAUAAAUUAAGAAGUUAAUGAUAGUUUAGAAAUGUGAAGUUACAAACAUUUCUUAUUGUUAUUUUUUACCCAUUAGACUACAAUAGAAUGGUGAUUGUGAGCUAAUAAUGUGAUGUUCGAAUUACUUUACACAAAGGCUGUAUUCUGUUCCUCUGAAUGUUUAAUCUUAGUUUCAUUUUACCACAAUUAUUUUGUAUUUAUGAUACUAAUCUGCUUUAUUUAGCCAUCGCCCAAUUUCAAAUUUGCAUACUAAAAAUUCAAUAUUUUAAACGUGUUAUUCAAUUUGUUAGUAUAUGAUUCAAUGUAGAGCGUAAUUAUUUAAUUAAAGUGCAACAUACCAUUGUAAAGUUCGUUUUACAUUAUCCAAGUUUUUGUUACAAAAGAUAUUCAAACAAAAAAUCGUAAAAGUUUACUACACCUACCAAAAAUUAGAUUAUAUAAAAC